AUGGAUGGAGAAGAUGGGAAGAAGGCAAGGAAACGUAGAUAUCUCAUCAGAGAAGCAAAAAAGAGAAAGCUAAGCACAUCAAAUGAGAAAGAGAAUGAUGGAUGGCUUGACAAGCAACAUAUAAGAGGAGAGAGUUCUGCAGCAAGAGACUUCACAAAGCUUGCACUCACAGACAGAGAACCCCUUACUGAAAUCCAACCAGAAAUUUAUUCAAUCAAGAGUGUUGUCACACACAAUGACCAAACCUCUGCUGAGAGGAAUGUGUACACGAUGCAGUUUAGCUAUCCACGAAUUUUAAGUUUUCGGAAAGAGGCUGCGAAUCCUGUAACGCAAGGUUCAACUGGUGGAAAUAGUCCCAGCUUAAACAGUGGAAAGCAGCAGCAGAAUUUUAUCGACAUCAUUUCUAAAACACCAUCAACUGUGUCAAACAUAACAAACAUUGAUCAUACUUAUCAGGAGAAUCGUUCCUUUCAAAUUGAAAUUGACACAGGUGUUCAAGGUAUGGAUCAUUCACUGAGACCAUUGGAACAUGACAAAACUGGAGUUCAUGAGUGUUUACCAAGAGGGGAGAACCAAGAUGCGCAAUAUUCAUGUAACUUAAGCGGACUCAUACAUGUUGAUAACUUUGAUUCUGGAAGUGUUCCCCAAAGUCGACAAGAAGGAGAUAUAGAGGAUGAGGAUAACAAUAUUAAUCAUUUGCAACUAUCAAACCAACUCCCUGAUGAAGCUUAUCUAGACUUUGGGAACCCAAUAUAUCAGUGUCAGCAUUGUGGUGCCAAUUUCUGGUAUGAAGAGCGUAUCGACAAACACUUUAAUGCUGUUAAUCCAAAGUUUACGUUAUGUUGUCGCCAAGGUCAAGUUCAAUUGCCUUUUUUACAACAACCGCCCAACACACUUGAUGAUCUAUUCUUUGGUGAUAGUGCUAAGGCAACCCAUUUCCAAAAAAACACUCGAACAUACAAUAGUAUGUUUGCAUUUACUUCGUUUGGUGGCAAAGUAGAUAAAUCAAUUAACCAAGGCCGAGCACCCCCUACGUUCAUAUUACACGGCCAAAAUUAUCAUCUCAUGGGCAGUUUACUACCAACAGAAGGAAGCACUGCAAAAUUUGCUCAACUUUACAUUUAUGACACGGAAAAUGAGAUAAAUAAUCGAACAUCAGUUGUGAGCUCAAGCGAAAAGUCAAACCCCUUGAAUGUCGAGAUAGUUUCUGAUCUAAUCAACGUGUUAGAUACACACAAUGUUCUUGCAAAAUCAUUCCGUAUGGCAAGAGAAAUGGUUAGAACUAAUCCACGAACAGAUAUCAAACUUCGACUGUUUGGUAAAAGAGGUAGAGAUGGAAGACGGUACAAUCUACCCUCUGUUAGUGAAGUCGCUGGUUUAUUUGUGGGUGAUUUUGAUGGACGCACCAAAGAAAGAGAUAUUGUAAUUGAAACAAAAUCUGGAAUACUUAAACGGAUAUCUGAAUUGAAUCCUGCAUACUUGGGUCUGCAGUAUCCACUCCUUUUUCCAUUUGGGGAGGACGGUUGGAGAGAAAAGAUUCCAUUGAACAGACUACCUAAGAAUAUGAGAAGUGAACCAGGAUUCAUUAGCAUGAGAGACUUUUUCGCAUAUAGAAUACAACACAGACCUUGGCGUGAAGGUGUUCUGAUUUACUCUCGACGACUUUUCCAGCAGUUUAUAGUUGAUGCGUUCUCAAUGAUCGAAGCUGCUAGACUGAAAUAUGUAUACCUCAAGCAAAAACAGUUUAGAGCUGAGAUUUAUAAAGGCCUAAAAGAUGCAGUUCUUAACGGUGAAACACAGGCAUCUACACUUGGCAAGCGAAUUGUUCUACCAGCAAGCUUCACCGGAGGUCCAAGAUAUACAAUUCAAAAUUAUCAAGAUGCAAUGGCAAUAUGUAGAGCAAUCGGAUAUCCAGAUUUGUUCAUAACCUUCACUUGCAACCCACAAUGGAAGGAGAUUGCAGAUUAUUGCAAAGAUAACAAAUUGAAAGCAGAAGAUCGACCUGAUAUAGUUUGCAGAAUGUUCAAACUGAAAUUGGAAAAGCUCAUUAGAGAUAUCGACAAGAACAAUAUAUUCGGUAGAUCACUAGCAGUGAUUUACACAAUUGAGUUUCAAAAACGAGGAUUACCGCAUGCUCAUAUCCUUUUAUUCCUUGCACCAGAACACAAGUUUCCUACUCCAGAUGACAUUGAUAAAAUCAUCUCUGCAGAGAUUCCAGAUCCAACAACUGAUCAUGAAUAUUAUCAAGCUGUAAAGAGUUCAAUGAUGCAUGGUCCAUGUGGAUCAGCAAGGAAAAACUCACCCUGCAUGGAAAACGGCCGCUGCAUUCGUCAUUUCCCAAAAAAGUUUGUUCAGAACAGUACUAUCGAUCAAGAGGGAUAUCCAGUCUAUAGACGUCGCAACAAUGGUCGUACCAUCGAGGUGUCUGGCAUUGAUUUGGAUAAUCGUUAUGUUGUGCCACAUAAUAGAUUUCUUCUCUUAAGGUAUGGUGCCCAUAUAAAUGUCGAAUGGUGCAAUCAAUCAAGGUCAAUCAAAUACUUAUUCAAGUAUGUCAACAAGGGAACUGAUCGCAUUACAGCUUCUUUCUAUUCAAAAAGAAUAGAUGAAAGUUCAGCCACUGGUGUCGAUGAAGUUCAAAUGUUUUAUGAUUGUCGAUAUAUUUCUCCAUGUGAAUCUGCUUGGAGGAUAUUUGCAUUUGACAUCCACUAUAGAAGACCAUCAGUUGAACGAUUAAGUUUUCACUUGCCUGAUGAACAUACAAUUCUUUUUGAGGAUGAUGAUGCAUUGCAAACUGUUGUUGAUAAAGCAACUGUCAGAGAAUCAAUGUUUAUGGCUUGGUUUAAAGCUAACAAAGAAUAUGCUGCUGCAAGAGAAUUAACUUACAAUGAUUUUCCAACAAAAUUUGUUUGGAAGCCAUCUCUUAGGAUUUGGGAGCCAAGAAAAAGCUACUCUGUUAUUGGGAGAUUAUUCUUUGUUCCCCCAUCAUCUGGAGAAUUAUACUACCUACGAAUGUUAUUGAACAUUGUAAAAGGCCCCAAAAGUUAUAGAGAUCUUAGAACCUACAACAAUGUUGUAUAUUCAUCAUUUCGAGAUGCAUGUUAUGCCCGAGGUUUAUUGGAUGAUGAUCGGGAAUAUAUUGAUGCUAUUGAAGAAGCAAGUCAUUGGGGUUCUGGAUAUUAUUUACAUUUGAUUUUAUCAGAAGCUGAAUUGUUGCAACUUACUCUUCUUGAAAUUGAGGAAAUUCUUAAUAGAAAUGGAAAGUCACUCCGAGAAUUUCCAACAAUGCCAUUUCCUGAUGUAGAUGACACUCAGUUCACAAUGGAGCAAGCCUCUCAGAACAAGUUAAUAUUAGAUGAGCUUCGUUAUGAUCGUGCACUGUUAGCUAAACAACACAAGCAAUUUCUAUCACAGAUGAAUACAGACCAAAAGCAUGUUUAUGACAAAAUAAUAGCAGCUGUCACAUCAAAUUCAGGUGGGGUAUUCUUCUUAUACGGUUAUGGAGGAACAGGAAAAACUUUUGUUUGGAAAACUCUUUCCGCUGCUCUUAGAUCAAAAGGUGAAAUCGUGUUAACGGUUGCUUCAAGUGGAAUAGCAUCGCUUUUGUUACCUGGUGGAAGAACUGCACAUUCUAGAUUUGCAAUUCCUCUUACUCCAGAUGAAUGUGCUACGUGCAACAUCAAACAAGGAAGUCCGUUGGCUGGAUUAAUUUCAAUAACGAAACUUAUUAUUUGGAAUGAAGCUCCUAUGAUGAAUCGAUUUUGUUUUGAGGCACUGGAUAGAACAAUGAGAGACUUAUUGCGUCAUAUCAAUGAUGCAAGUUUGCACUUACCGUUUGGAGGAAAAACAGUUGUCUUAGGAGGGGAUUUCAGGCAGAUUCUUCCAGUAAUAACAAAAGGUUCUAGACAAGAUAUUGUUGAUGCAUCAAUUAACUCAUCAUAUUUGUGGGAACAAUGUCAAAUUUUAAAAUUGACUCAAAAUAUGCGUUUAAACUCUAUGCAUGAGGACCACAGUGUUGAGGAAUUGAAAGAAUUUGCAAAUUGGAUUCUUGCCAUAGGAGAUGGUAAACUAGGAGACUCGGAUGAUGGUUGUAGUAUCAUACACAUUCCACCGGAGUUGUUAAUUACAGAAUUCAAUGAUCCAAUUGAAGCAAUAGUUCGAGCUAUUUAUGCUGAUUACUUAAAUAAUGUUUGCAAUCCAUUACAUCUCCAAGGUCGAGCUAUUUUAGCCCCUACCAUUAAUGUUGUUGAAGAGGUCAAUAAUUACAUGCUCUCUUUAAAUGUGAAUGAAAUGAAAACAUAUGUGAGUUCUAACUCAGCGUGCUUUAAAGAUGGAGCUAACAACACAUUUGAAAGCAUACACACACCGGAAUUUUUGGCAACCAUUAAAUCAUCUGGCCUCCCCAGUCAUGAGCUACAACUUAAAAAAGGUUGUCCUGUGAUGCUUAUACAAAAUAUUGAUCAUUCAGCGGGUCUUUGCAAUGGAACUAGAUUGAUUGUCACAAGAUUUGGAAAUAAAGUUAUCGAAGCAGAAGUUUUGUCAGGCAAUAAUGCUGGUGAAAAAGUUUUCAUACCAAGAAUGACUCUAACCCCAUCCGAUGCAAGAUUACCUUUUAAGUUCCAACGCAGACAAUUUCCCUUGAUGCUUUCAUAUGCCAUCACAAUAAACAAGAGUCAAGGACAAUCUUUGAAUCAUGUAGGAUUACUUCUUAAACAACCAGUAUUCACGCAUGGACAACUUUAUGUGGCAAUUUCACGGGUUACCAACAAAAGUGGAUUAAAAAUUGUAAUAUCCCAUGAGAAAUCCAACAACUCAACCGAAACACAAAAUGUGGUAUACCAAGAAGUUUUUAGAAAUCUCCCAAAUGAUACCGGUCCAUAA